AUGAGAGACCGCUUUCGCGCCAAAACUGACAAAAAAUAUCGUCCUAAGAACUGGCAAGCCAUGAACGAGCGAGCUGACGACCAAAUCGAGCCCGCAGCAGCGGUGCGUUCGGUCGACGCUCUUCAGCGAUGGGCGCUUAUCACUGCCAACAUUACUCAGAGUGACCAUCGACCCAACGAGGCUAAGACCAUGGAGCGUAUUCAGAGCAGAUACGGCACUACGACUAAGACCACGACGGCGAAGCGGAAGGACAUCGUGUCACCUACCGGAACAUUGAGGUAUGGUGAGAUUUACGUGAACAACACCGCUGAGGGUAAUAUCGACCAGCUAAGCGGCCCCGAAAAGACGAUGAAAAAAGCAACAUGGUGGAUAUCAGCCGUAUAG